UGGUGGUGAAUCGCCUGAACAUCUGUAAAGGAGGGGGGGCUUUUUCGCUCUCCUACUGCGGGCAAGGAGGGGCAAAGGGCGGGCAGAUGCGCUUGUGGCGGCGGGAAGGCCGCUAUGGGUGUCGCCUGAGCUCAUCCUCGCCUUGGACUUGGGUCUAAGCUGGUAUUGCAGGGCAUUUCCAAUCUGCGCAGAGCCCCCGCCGGCAGCAAGAUGAAGCAAGAGAAUAUUUUCCUCUUCGUUCCCAACCUCAUUGUGAUAACCCUGGUCCCCUAAGGGAAGCCACAACUUUGAGGAAAGCACCACCAAACAGGCCAACCGCUUAUCUGAUGGUUGAACAGAUUGUACUUCCCCCACCCCCACCCCAGAAAAGUCUCUAACACAUCUUCCAUGUCUAUGUGAUGAAGCCAAGGAUUUGAGAAAUGUGGAGAAUUGUGGCAAGAAAGUGGUGAAGGGGAUUGUGGGUUAUGCUCGUAUAAUCUUCGCUUGUAUUGCUUUUUAUUAUAUGCCAACCUCCCCCUCACUGGCAUCAUUCUUCUAUCUACUUAGCGGCUUCCUCGAUGCCUUUGAUGGCCAUGCUGCCCGGGCUCUUAACCAAGGCACCCGGUUUGGGGCCAUGCUGGACAUGCUGACUGACCGCUGUACUACCAUGUGUCUGCUGGUGAACCUGGCUAUGCUCUAUCCAGAGUCUUCCCUCUGGUUUCAGCUGAGCAUGAGCCUUGAUGUGGCCUCCCAUUGGCUACAUCUCCACAGCACUGUGGUGAAAGGUGGAGAAAGCCACAAGAGCAUUGACUUAACAGGAAACCGGAUCUUGAGAGUGUAUUACAAUUCACGGCCUGUUCUGUUCAUUAUGUGUGCUGGUAAUGAACUCUUCUACUGCAUGUUGUACUUGUUGUGUUUCGGUGAAGGGCCAGAAAUCCUGUCAGGAUACGCCGGACUCUAUCGCUUGAUUCUAUGGGUUUGUACCCCUAUUGCUAUCACCAAGAGUUUCAUCAGCUUAAUUCACUUGGUCUCGGCCUCCUGCAAUAUGGCGGCCUUAGAUGCUGCUGAACGGGCAAAGAAGAUGUAGGAUUUCAAGGUUGUGGGAAGGAACUCCCCUAAGUCUUCUAGAGUGUUCAGUUCCCAACCCUCAUGAUGAAUGGACAAGGUCUUUGCCUCAGAUCAGUCACUCCAGUUGUGCAGUUUUUCUUUGAUGAGAUCGCUUCACCUUUCCACGAUCCUUUUGUGAUAUCUGUGUGGGAUGCUGCUCCUGGCUUCUUCCUGUUUUACUCCCAUAAUAAUAUGUUGAGUUGAGUUAAAAAUUGUCUGUUGAGGAAGAUUCUGAUCCACUAUUUUGAGGGGCAGCUGAAGAGCUUGUCAUGUUAGAAUUGAAAGCUUUUUACCUCACACUUUUGGGGUAUCUUUGGGGAGAAUGAAAUAUAGGAUUGCACUUGUCUUGAUAUAAUAAAGCAAACUAGGAUGUUGCCUAAAAAUCAAGAAAAUCACAUCUAAACACCUUUUGAAAUCUGGACUAGAUUUUUUUUGUGUUCUCAAACUGUAUAGGAACAGAUCUCUGAGGAAUAGAAUGUAUUAAUCCCCUGUAUUCUACAAAUAUAUCUAGUAAGACACGGAGCAACCAUUUGGAAGUCAUUUAUUUUGGACAACAUUAAUGCACAGCUUUAAAAGGGAUACAGUAUUGGCAGGCUACUAUUGAUCCUGGAGGUUUUAGGGUCAUAACUUGCAUUAUUUCCUUGGAAUUAUCUCUGAAUGUUCAGUUUAACUUUUGUACUUUAGCUCAUGACCCAGAUUAUCUGCUCUUUUCUCUUGUAAAUAUUUUAUUAGAAAUACCUAGACCAGAGGUGGGAAAUUGCUUCAUUUCUCAAGCAAUUCAAAUUGACUGUAGCUGAAGCCCGUACUUUCCUUUUCUUCAAUCAUGUCAUUAUGCUGUGCAAUAUUGAAGUGAAUUAAAUAAGGAAAACUUUCAGCAUCAGUUUUGCCCUUCUUGAGUUUUGCUCAGUCUGUCUUCACCACCAUGAUUCUGACAUUUACCUGUGGCUGAGAUGUAUUUACUUAUUUUCUCCAAGUUUGCGAACAUCCUUUACUGAGGUGUUAGGAACUCGUUUAUAUAGACAAUCAUUUGUCUUUCUUUCCUCACUGGUUUCUGUAUUAGCACAUUAGCAAACUUUCCUAGUGUGGCUUUCAGCAAGACGUUUACAUUAGCAUGAUAGCUACCUACCUAUUAAAGGUCCUCUUCUCCUUUUCCCACCAAAGUUGGCUUUUCAUGCUUGUAUUAGGACCCAGAGGUCAAGAGAAAUAAAGGAAUGGAUAUGAUGAAGGUAGGGUUUUUAAUUUAUUAAAUUUAUAUGGCUGUCCGACUCAUACACGGUGACUCUGGGCGGCUUAGAGAAUUAGAAAUCCACAACAUAACCAAUCCAUGUUUUUGGUCAUAAUGGAAGAGAGUUAACCUAAGCUUUAGGCAUAGUUUAAUCAUGGUGGCUGUAUUGAAGGAACCAAACAUGAAGACUAUCAUGCAGAACACUUGACUGAGCCAAAUUAGAAUGCCAUUACCAUGUAAUUUCUUUUGCUUAAAUUGCAAGGUGGCCUCUGAAAUUGAAAUGGUUGUUUUGGUCCUUCCUUGUAAUGUCCCAAAAGAGCUUUUUCAAGAGAAAACUGGGCUUUCUGGUUUUUCUUUAAAGACGUUUUGCUUCAGAAGAAGAAGCUUCUUGGAUAAGAAGCGAAACCCCUUCAAAUAAAAAACCAGAAAGUCCAGUUGCCUCUUGAAAAAGCUCCUUUGGGACAACCAUGACCUGGACGACUAAGAAUCUCCAUAGACAUUCCUUAUAAAGGUUCUCACUAUGUCUCCUCCAAGGAGGAGCUGAUCUUGACAAACUCUCCUAAGCUCCACAGUGAUGUUGCUGCACAUUUCAAACCUGAAUGUCUAUAUAUUGUAUAUAGAUUUUUAACGUGUAAAACUUU